AUGGCCUCAGAAGCAGUUGGUGCGCCACCAGCAGUCAACAAAGAGGUCGACGAACGCAAGCCAGCCAAACAGAAGAUCGAUCCGUGGAACGUCGCAGGCGAGGUAGACGACAGCGGCAAUGUCAAGGCAAUCGACUAUGACAGACUCAUCGAGGACUUCGGUGUGCAGCCUCUCACACAAGCUCAUCUGGAACGCUUCGAGAAAGUGACUGGUAAACCUGCACAUCGUCUUAUGCGAAGAAAGUUAUUCUUCAGCCACCGCGAUUUCGACAAGAUCCUCGACUACUACGAGCAACACGGUCAGUUCUUACUCUACACUGGACGAGGACCGAGCUCAGGGAGCAUGCAUCUUGGACAUACUGUACCGUUCCUCUUCACAAAAGAGAUCCAGGAGCUGUUCGACGUGCCACUCGUGAUCAUGAUGACAGACGACGAGAAGUUCUUGUACACGCGGAACAAGAACGAGGGCUCAAUGAAGAAAGGUGCUGCGCCGGACGACUUCCUCGACUAUGCGUACGAAAACAUCAAGGACAUCAUCGCUCUAGGCUUUGAUCCCAAAAAGACUUUUAUCUACUCCGACUACGAAUUCAUGGGCGGCCACUUCUACCGGAACGUCUCGGAGUUCGAAAGCAUGGUCACUUACAACCAAGCAUCCGGCGCUUUCGGCUUCGGUGAAAGCACGAAUAUUGGUCUCAUAUCUUUCAUGGCCAAACAGUGCGUCGCUGCCUUCCCUUCAUCGUAUCCUGAACUGUUUGGUCUGCCCGAUUACCGCGCCCCAGAUUUCGAUCAGGCUGGCAAGAGAAGACACAAAGCUCUCGCAAGCAUACCUUGUCUCAUCCCGUGCGCCAUCGACCAAGAACCAUAUUUCCGUGUACUUCGAGAUAGGAGUGAACGCAUGGUCGACCCGCACCCAAAGCCUGCGCUCAUCAUGUCGAAAUUCCUUACAGCAUUGCAAGGCCCAGGAGGCAAAAUGAGCGCUUCAGAUCCGAACUCCGCUAUCUUCAUGUCCGAUACACCGAACCAAAUCAAGUCAAAGAUCAACAAACACGCCUUCUCAGGUGGUCAGCAGACUGAAGAGGAGCACAGACGACUAGGUGGCAAUCCAGACGUGGAUGUGGCAUUCACAUAUCUAAGCUACUUCCUCGAAGACGACAAGGAGCUAGAAGAUCUAGCGAAGCAGUACCGAGCGGGAGAGAUCCUGACUGGGGAGAUGAAGGCCAAGUGCGUUGGCGAGCUACAGAAUUUUGUAGCAGCGUUCAAGGAGAGGAGGGAUAGCGUGACGCCUGAGGUCAUGCGAGAGUUCAUGCGGCCGCGAAAGCUGGAAUUUGUAGGGAACCCUAACCCUAUCAAACCAAAGGCAGCAGAAGGCGCGAGCGGUUCAAACGGCUCUGCUGUCCCCAGUGGCGCAGCAGGCGAGGGUGCUGGUGGCAAAGAUGGGCGAGGCACAAAGGGCGAGAGGAAGGCUGCCAAGCUGGCGGAGAAGAAGGCGGAAAAGGAAGCUGAGAAAUUAGCUCUCAGGCAGAAAGCUGAGGAAGCGAAGCCAGAAGUAUAG